AUGGCGUCAUCUGCGACACGCGAGAAAGCUCUAACAGACGAUGAAAUUAUAAAACUGCUCGAGACGAGUGACUUGAGUUCCUUGUCAGACGAAGAUGAGCCUGUUGAUGAACCUCCAACUCCACCUGAACGAAUUGGCGUGCUUGAAGUUGAAGGAUGCAAUGUGGAUGUUACUCCUGAGGCACCUGCACCAGCUUCAUCUUCUCACUGUCGUCCACUAACAUGGAGGCAAUCUAAACCAUUCAGCCAGCGCCACGACUGUCGUUCACAUGGAACACUGCCGAAGAUAAGCUGCAGAGAUCGGCCGGUGGGAUUCGCCGCUGAGACGUCCCGCGCUGAUACCACGUGCCUCUGCAGUGACGUCACGAGAAGCGACGCCCGUGAUGCCUGGCAGAGCGCGGGGCAGUCGCCUGUUGAAACAGCAGACGCGCGCAGCCGGUCACACGUGCAGUUAAGCUACAGAGACAGAGACAGGAUGGACCCCUCUGGCAAGGUGGCGCUGAUCACGGGGGCGGCCGGCGGUCUGGGCAGAGCCUUCAGCAGGGCGCUGCUGGCUGCAGGAGCCAAGGUCGUGGCGACGGAUGCUGACGAGGCGGCGGGGAAGAAGGCCGUGGAGGAGCUGGAGACGCAGUUCGGAAAGGGGAAGGUCGUCUUCGUCAAAGCGGACGUCACCAACAGCAGCUCACUGGAAGAGGCCUUCAAGACUGCCAAAUCCACAUUCAACCGGCUGGACAUUGUUAUCAACAAUGCAGGCAUGAUGAGAGAUUCGGCCUGGGAGAAGGAAAUCGACGUCAACAUGAAGGGCGUGGUGCACGGCAUCCUGCUGGCGUACAAGUACAUGGGCAAGCAGAACGGGGGCGCGGGCGGCGUGGUGGUCAACCUAUCAUCCACGGCCGGUCUCGAAGCCGUCCCCCAAAUGGCCAUCUACUGCGGCACCAAGCACGCCGUGUGUGCCAUGACGCGCUCCUACGGGGACGAGCUGCACGUGAACCAGACGGGCGUGAGGAUGGUGGCGGUGUGCCCGGGGCCCACAGACACACCUAUGGCGACUGAAGCCCACCACUACUGCCUGCAUGACUACGCCAAGCAGUCUCUGAUCGAUGGCAUAGCCGCCUUCGGGCCUCUCGACACGACUGACUCCGUCGCUCAGAGCCUGAUGACUGCCAUCCGAGAUGGAAAGUCGGGCUCCGUCUGGGCAGCCUACCACAACAAGACCAGGGAGAUCGUCUAUCAGCGGCUCGUCCAAUAAGGAUUGUUCUACACGUCACGUGAACCCCUGUCAUUUUGUAUAUGUCACAUUAUCAUGAAUAAAGUACUGAUGAUCUGAGUGAUGAA